UUAUUUGUUAGAACCUGUGCGCAACGCACGUCUCUCUCUCGCUGCGAAACUUCAAGUUCCAGUUCCGAUUCCCAGCACAACUUAGGAUAUUUUUUUGAAACUCUACGAACAAAAAACGCAUCACAGAAAUAUAAACAUGAAGAGUUUUCUGAUUUUGUGCUUUGUGGCGCUCGCGGUGGCCGAUGUAAAGCAUUUGACAGAUCGCAAUCUGGAUCUCUUCAAAUACAAUCCCAGCGACAUUUACACGCUGCCCGAGGACAUCGAUGACGACAAGCCAGCGGUGCACUUCAGCGGCGAUGUGAUGAAGGCCAAGACCGAGAAGCUCGAAAACUACAAUGCGGGCAAAAAGUUCAAGCUCGAACUGAAGACACAGAACGGUAUUGAGGUGAGCAGCGUGGGCAAACUGAAGGACGACAAGACCUUUGUGGUCAGUGGAUCGUAUUCGUUCACCGGCGCCGAUGGCAAACGCUACAAGACCCGCUACACCGCCGAUGAGUUCGGUUAUCAUCCCAUCACCGAGCUGGAUCUCGAUAUUCCCGAACCUCAACCCUUGGCACCGGCCAACCAGCGUCCCACCGUCGAUCCCAGCAGCCUGUUGGGCAACAAGAAUCGCUUCCAGUUCCUGCAGCAGAGCCUCAAUCCCGAUCACGCCGCCAACGGACCGUUGCGUGGCAGCGGACAGAGCGGCGAUGAUUACAGCUACUCGGCCCCUGGACCUCAGUUGGAGUACAACAACAAUCCCUAUGGCAGUGACAACUCUGGUUUCGGUGGCAACUCUGCUGGAUUCGGAUCGGGCAAUCCUUUCGGUCCUGGCAGCUCUGCUUCUUCUUAUGCUUCUUCGGGUUCCUCUUCGGGCAACGGUUACGAUUAUCAGCCUCCCUCGCAGCCCCUGGAGACGCCUUCUCGUCUCUACUUGCCGGUGGCAUAAGCAGACACUUCCCUCCCCCGCCCCGCUCCCUGCAUUGUACCUACUCCUCCCCUCUCUGACCCUAAGCUUCAAGUAUUUAAUUUUAGGCGCAAGCUCAAGCGCGCAACAACAACAACAAGAACAACAGGCAAAAAACAUUAACAAAUAGCGAAAUUUUUUUUAUCAUCUUAUAGUGUUUAUAUUGUAUAUGUAUUCCUCAAAAACGUACAACAAAUUAUCCCACCCCACCCCACCCCUUCCAGCCCUGACCUCCCCGCCCUCAGCCUUCUGACCUACAAGAGAAAACACUACGCAAAUUGCCAGACAAAAAAUACGAAAAGACGCAACAUGAACUUGACCAUGAAUCUAUUGUAUAUGAAUAUAUAUAUGUAUAUACACUGAGUGAUAUUAGUAGUAAAUAAAAUGGCUAAACUAAAACA